AUGUCGACCAUGUCUGAGCCACAGGAUCUGAAGGAAGAGAACGACAAAGGGUUUGACCUCUCCUGCCGAGUCUGCGGCAUCGUGCAGUUUAAACACAUCGGCUACUUGGUGGAGCAUCUAGAGAGCGAAGAGCAUCGCGAAAGAAGAAAGUACAUCGGGGUACUCCUAGGCAAAAUUUGGGGCACGCACCUGAGCUCCCUCGAGUAUGGUAGCUAUGGAUACCAGUCGGAGCUUCACGAAGACGCCUUCGUGCGGAGAAAGCAGCGAAGGAACAGGACGACGUUUACCGUCCAACAGCUGGAGGAGCUGGAGAAGGCGUUUGCUCAGACUCACUACCCGGACGUGUUCACGCGAGAGGACCUCGCCAUGAAGAUAAACCUCACCGAGGCUAGGGUCCAGGUCUGGUUUCAAAACCGACGUGCCAAGUGGCGCAAGGCCGAGCGGCUGCGCAAAGAACGAGAAGAGAAAGACCGCUCGGCGACCGGAGCGGACGGCGCCUCUUCCGGUGGUACGGCCACUGAUGCCACUGGAGCCGGAGGUGGUGACCUGGCCACAAGUGGCGACAACGGCGGACCCCCGAGUCCACUUUCCCCCGGCGAAAGGAUUGACAAGCCCAACGUGCACAGCAGCUCUUCAGUGGCCGUGCACGAGGAGGACGACGACGAGUCCCAGGCGUCGGCGCAGUCGGACUCGGCUGGAAGCGCGGCAGCGGCCGCCUCCUCUACGACCAAUGGCGGCGGUGCGGGGCCUUCUUUGCUCGACCCAUCGCGACUCGCGGCCGACCAGUCGCGGCUUGAGGCUUUCGCCAAGGCUCACGAGGCAGCCAUGGGUUCGUCACCUCUGCUGGCAGCUGCGGCAGCCGCAGGUAGAGCCCCGCUGUCGCUGCUGCCACCUCCCUUGAGUGCCACGUCCCGUCUGUCCUCGGUGCCCUCGUCCGUCUCGUCUGUCAUGGAACAGCAGCAUCCGUUCUUCAAGGACGCUUUGUCGUCUUUUGCCGCCGCGGCCGCUGCGUCACUGCCAUUGCGAGGCAUGCACCAGCACCCGCUGUUCUCCGCCUUCGCUGACUCAGGUUUGGGUGGGCCGGGCGGUGGACCACCGGGCGUCGGUGUGAGCGCGGGAAGCGGUGGAGGAGCGGGAGGAGCAACCGGGGCCGGCGGGGGAUGCUCGGCGCAGGACUCGCUGCUGGGUCCACACCCGCGCUUUUCUCUGCCCCCCAUGUACUUCCCGCCCCACCUGUCAGCGCAGUUUGCUGCGGGGCAUGCCGCCGCUGCAGCGGCAGCCGCAGCCUCGUUCCCUUUCAAAGGCAUGCACCCGUUAUGCGCGUGCUGCGUGGCCAAAUCCCAUGGCGCGCCGCACCAGGCUCCCGCGCACUCGGCGGCACCGCCCCACCACGCAGCCUCCUCCACCGAUAACCACCACGCGGCUGCGGCGCUGAGCCAAUUGGGGGCUGCCGCCGCUGCCGCCGCCGCGAGCGCUGCCGCCGGAGGCAACAGUGGCACCAGAGGCGGCAGCAGCGCGAUCAUCACUUCCGGCGCACCAGCGCUGCCUAGCGGCACAGGAUGCAACAGCACGGGUGGCACCGUGAAUGGCGGCUCUGACGAAGUCACCACCACCAGCAGCGUGUCCGAGCUGCGGCGCAAGGCCCGCGAGCACUCCCAGGCAGUCAUGCUUCAGUCAGCAGCCAUGCUGAAGCCACCGGCUGUCACGGUGUCGGAGAGCGCUUAG